CAUGUCUAAGCCUACCUUCAAAGUCGCUGAUAUGUCUUUGGCCGAUUUCGGUCGUAAAGAAAUUAGUAUUGCAGAAAAUGAAAUGCCUGGAUUAAUGAGCAUGCGAAAAAUUUACGGCCCAAAGAAACCACUUAAAGGAGCUAGAAUUGCUGGUUGUCUACACAUGACCAUCCAAACUGCUGUUUUGAUCGAAACCCUAACUGAACUUGGAGCCGAAGUUCAAUGGUCAUCGUGCAAUAUCUUCUCCACUCAAGAUCACGCCGCCGCUGCUAUCGCUAAAACCGGAGUUCCAGUUUAUGCCUGGAAAGGAGAAACUGAGGAAGAAUACAUUUGGUGUGUCGAACAAACCAUUGUCUUCCCAGAUGGUAAACCAUUGAACAUGAUCUUGGACGAUGGUGGUGAUUUGACAAACAUGGUUCAUGAAAAAUAUCCCCAAUAUUUGGCAAACAUCAAGGGAUUGUCGGAAGAGACCACUACUGGUGUCCACAACUUGUACAAAAUGAUGGCCAAAGGAGAUUUGAAAGUUCCAGCAAUCAAUGUAAAUGAUUCUGUUACUAAGAGCAAAUUCGACAACUUGUACGGAUGCAGAGAAUCAUUGAUUGACGGAAUCAAGAGAGCAACUGACGUUAUGUUGGCUGGUAAAGUUGCCUUGAUUGCUGGUUACGGCGAUGUUGGUAAGGGAAGCGCUCAGGCUCUUAAAUCUUUCGGAGCAAGAGUAAUCAUUGCCGAAAUCGAUCCAAUCAACGCUUUGCAAGCCGCUAUGGAAGGCUAUGAAGUUUCUACUGUAGAAGCCGCCCUUCCAGAGGCCAGAAUCUAUGUCACGACUACUGGAUGCAAAGAUAUCCUUCGUGGUGAGCAUUUCUCUCAGAUGUUGGACGAUUCUAUCGUUUGCAAUAUCGGACAUUUCGAUACCGAAAUCGACGUUAAGUGGUUGAAUGAGAACUGUGUUAAAGUGGAAAAUGUUAAACCUCAGGUUGAUAGAUAUACAAUGAAGAGUGGAAACCGAAUUAUUCUCUUGGCUGCAGGUCGUCUAGUCAAUCUGGGUUGUGCAACUGGCCAUCCAAGCUUCGUUAUGAGCAACUCAUUCACUAAUCAAGUUUUAGCUCAAAUUGAAUUGUGGACAAAGAGUGAACAAUACAAAAUCGGAGUACACUUUUUACCUAAGAAACUUGACGAAGAGGUCGCGGCAGCCCACUUAGAACAUUUGGGAGUUAAAUUGACCAGAUUAUCUGAUGACCAAGCCAGCUAUCUCGGAAUCCCGAAAGAGGGACCCUACAAGCCAGAUCAUUAUAGAUAUUAG